AUGCAAUUCAUUACCACCGCUACUCUCAUCGCUGUUGCCGUCGCCUCCUCGGCCCCCGUCGUCACCUCCAACCCCAACACCCGUUUCGUCGCCGACUUCCCCUUUGCCGGUUCUCAAGCCGCGUCCGGGUUCGUGGUGUUUGCCGUUGGCGACUCUGGCCAAGUCAAUGUCCACGUUGACUUGACCAAGUUGCCUGCCACUGGCGGUGAAUUCUCUUAUAAGAUUCACGACCGGCCAGUGGGCUGGGGUGCUGCCACCUGUGACUCCGCCGGUGCCGUGUUUGACCCUUACCACGCCGGUAACGUCGACUGUGACUCCUUAGCUGACGACUCUCGCUGCCCCGUGGGUGACCUUUCCGGCAAACACGGUCGUUUCACUGCGACCUGCUUUGAACACAGCUACAUCGACCCCUACUUGCUGUUGGACCCGGCUCUGGAAGCCUACAUCGGUGGCCGUUCGGUGGUGGUGUACCACGAUGGCCAAGUGCUUGCCUGUGCCACCAUCCAAGCGGAGACAGAAGGCGACCAAAAUGGCGACCAAGAAGGCGCAUCGGUUGAUUCCGUUGUGGAGCUUCCUCUGAUUGAAGUGGCUCUCCCCACGGCGGUUCCCCCUAUUGCUACUGACGUCAUUGUCACCGAAGAGGAAACCAUCAAGACUUUGGUGGAAACAAUUGAGACUUCAGUGGAAACCAUUGAAACCUCAGUGGGAACCAUUGAAACCUCGCUUGAAUCUACUGACUCGUUGGCUGAGACCACCUUCCCGUCGAGGAACUCCACUGUUGCCUCCACUUUGACCUCGGAAGUGUCGCUGGUGGCGUCGUCUUCUGCGGGCUCUGUGCCUCCUGAAGUGACUCAGGAAACCAACAUGGGUCUGCAGUUGGCGCUGCUGGUGGCGGCGAUGGUGGCGAUGGUCGCCAUGUUGCUCUAG